AUGUGUGUGUGUGUGUGUGUGUGUGUGCCUGGGAGAGGGAGGGAGGGAGGGAGGGAGACUGUUGCCUUUCUGCACGCAUUAUCCACCUAUAUAUAUUAUAAGCAUACAUCUAAAUACAUACAUAUAUAUUAUUAUUGGGCAGUGAUGUUGUCGAAGCGUGUGGCGCUGGUGACAGGCGGGAAUCGCGGCAUUGGGUACGCGGCGGUGCGUCGCAUGGCGCAACUUGGCUACUGCGUCCUGCUUGCUGCUCGUGAUGUUCAACGUGGCGAGGCAGCAGCAGCGUCGCUUCGCGCGGAUGACAUGGACGUGCAAUUUUUGCAUCUUGUCAUUACCGAUGAGGCUUCUGUUGCCACCGCGGCUCGUGAGGUGGAGGCGCGGUAUAAACGGCUGGAUGCCCUCAUCAACAACGCCGCUGUGAUGGACUACGACAACCACAUCACCCCGUUGAAUGUGCCCCGCAUGCGGGAGGAGUUUGAAGUGAACUUUUUUGCUGCCGUGAUGGUCACCAAUGCCUUUUUACCGCUGAUGCUACGCACAUCCGACGCCCCACGUAUUGUUAAUGUCAGCACACCCCUCGGCACCCACGAGACGGUGGAGCAUCCGCACAACAGGUACGGCAGUCCACUCUUUACAAGUUACAAGUGCACAAAGGCGGCACUGAAUAUGUACACGCACAAUCUUGCCUACUGGCUGCAGACGCAAGAGGAAAACAGUGCCAAGGCGGCGAAGGUAAAUGCAGCAUAUCCCGGGUAUGUACGAACAGAUAUGUCGCGAAACCGUGCAGAGGCACCCAUGGAACCAGAUGAGGGGGCUGAGACUUUGGUUUAUCUUGCCACACUACCGGCGGAUGGGCCUACCGGUGGCUUUUUUCACAAAAAGGAGCGACUUGCAUGGUGA